UCAGUUUGACAGUAGCAUUAAGUCAUAUUUUAAAAUAUAUUCAAAAUAUCACUUAACUCAUUGUUUGGUACAAACCUUUGUCUUUAAUUAUCUGUCUAAAACAUUAUUUUGUUUUUCUUUUCGUAUUUUAAAGUAUCCCAUUUGUCAUAAUGAUAUGAACAACAUACUACCUGGAAGAUCACCCACUAAUAGAAUUAAAAUAAAUGCAAGGAAAUAAUUGACAAAAUACGCUUAUGCAAAAAAAAAACAGGAAAACAGAACAGUUUAACGUGUUUUGUGUUCUAAAACGUCAAAACAUUCUAGCAACGAAAACUAAAAGUUUGGGUUUACGAUCUAAUAAUUUUCAUAUGUUUGCCUAUAUGAGUUGUAGUAAGACAUACUUUUCAAGUGACUGUCACUAUCAACACCUCAGUUGGUAUACACAUAAUGAUCACAAAACAAUUGCUCCAAAACAAAUUUUUAGGUUUGGCAAAACAAUAUUGAAAAAACUGAUUGAUACUAUAUGUGACAUUGUUCAAAAUAAAAAUUUCAAUAUUUGUGAUAUUGGUACGGGAAAUGGUCAUGUUAUUAACCGACUGGCUAAACAAGGUUAUCAAAAAUUGACAGGAAUCGAUUAUUCCGAAUCCGCUAUUGAAUUAGCCAAAUCUCAAAAUGUUAAUUAUGCCCAUUUAACUCAUUUCCAAGUGUGUGAUAUGGUUGAUCCCUCAACAUUCCCAUCUAGUGAAUUUGAUGUUUGUAUUGAUAAAGGAACGUUCGAUGCGAUAUUGUUGUCGAAAGAAAAUAAAGAUAAAAGUCGUCAAACAUAUAUUCAAGUUUUGUAUGAACAUCUAAAAUCAAAUGGAUUAUUUUUUAUUGUAUCAUGCAAUUGGACAAAAAAUGAAUUAAUUGAAUUCUUUUUAGAUAAAUUUACAUUGGAAAAACAGAUUGACACUCCAACAAUGAGUUUUGGAGGAAAACAAGGAAAUACAGUGACAUUUCUUGUAUUUAGAAAGGCUGAGCAUAUAUAA